CUUCCAUUAUUAUUUUAUUUCAGCUUCAGGGAUCCAACUGUGCUCCUCAUGUUUACAACUCAAGCACUCUACUGACCAAACCACCUUCCGAACCUAUCCAUUUAUUUUUACUUACUCUCAUUUAUUUUAUUUUAUUUUUCAGUUAUGUGUGUGUGCAUGUGUGUGUCUGUGUGUGUGAGUACAUGUGAGCGCAGGUGCCCUUGGCAGCUACAGGCAUUGUCUUGCCCUCUGAGCUGGAGUUACAGGUGGUUGGCUGGACAGGUGUACCCCCAACCUGGGUGCCUACAAACAAGCCCUGGUCUUCUGAAAAAGCAGCAAGGGCUCUCAACUGCUCAGCUACAUCUCCAGCCCCACUUAGGUUAUUACUUACAAUGCUUGGGAAAGUUCCAGGGCCUCCUUUUCCUGGCUCAGUUUUGAUUGCCAGUUGUCUCCUUGGUCACCUGAAUGUGCCCCAAAUUCUGGUCAGCUUCUGAGCCCUGCAACCUCCUCCCAGAGGUUGGCACAUGCACUUGGGAUGUUUAGACAUCUCUAGAAGGACAUAAAGUCAAAAUGUUUGAAAUGGUAUUUUAGGAGGAUGCACGUGCUGGUGGUGUGUAAGAAAGAGAAACGGGUGCAAAAGGGCCCAUAGAACAGCAGAGAGGCCAUGCUAACUGAGGGCGAUCUGGAGUAACAAGUAGAGCCCCUGGCUUCCCCCAUCAUAUAGACUCUGUAGAAUCUCAGUUUCCCAACCUUUCUGCUUUUCUCUAAGCUAUCUCUCUAUAGGGGUGCGGGUAUGUCCUAACCAAGCCCCUGUCUCCUAGGGCCGAGAUAUUUAAAUAACAGAACUCAACAAAACUUCAGUACUAAUAGUUGCUUCAUCAGAAAAUCAAUAUCCCUAUUGUAAGAAAUAUGGUAAAAUUGUAUUGCUAUCCCAAUAACCAAAUCUCAGUUAUUUAGCCAGAGAUUAAACAUGGCUGCCAAUGGCACCAGUCAGGACCGUGGCGUUGUUAACUUCGUUGGGAACCACUUGUAGUAUGUUGAUCACAACAAGUACCUUGCCUGGCUUUCUGCAGUGGCCUCCGCAACACUGAUUACCGAACAGUAGUUUCACCAUCUCAUUGGUUUUGCUUCCUGUGGUUUCUCUUGCCCUGGGUCAGCUGUGUUCUGAAAACAUUAAGUGUAAAAUUCCCUAAAAUUCCAUAAAUAAACACGAAGUACUGAGUGAUGUGGUGAGUCCUCACACAUUUGGCCCUAACUCACCUGGGCAGUAAGUCACCCACUUGUCCUGUGUGUCCAUGUCCUACAAGGUUGUCCUCAGCAUCCUAGUUAUCAGAUCAGCUGUCACAGUCUUGGAUGGUCCGAGCUCAAGUAACAUUUAUCUUAGUUAAGCAGUGCCCACGGGGCCAGGGUAGUGAAGCUUGUUACCAGUGAGGUGGCCAAAAAGAAAUCACAAGGUUUCUUCAUAUUCAAAGAUAAGAGUCGGUGCCAUGGUCUGCAUGUGGUGGUCAGAGGACAACUCUAUGGUUGUCCUGAGUCUGAUCUUUCUACAUUUUUGUACUUUCCUCCACUGAACCAACCCCGGAUGGAGGAAUUUCACAUUUUUUUGGUAGAUAAUUAUAAAGGCAAGAGUAAGGUCAACACAUUUUUAAAGGUAGUUAUUAUAGGUAGUAGGGAAUUAGAAAUAGAGACUCCUGUUAGAGUGUAGAGCUAACUGAAUCCUCAGCAGAAAAAUCAAGAGGGGCAAGUUGCUCUCCCCUUCAACUACAGCACAUGAGAGCCUUAGUGUGUAUGUUGUAUGCAGCGGGAAAAAUAGUGAAAAUAAAUUUCAGAAAAUCCCUAAUUGUUUUUUUUUUUUUUUUUUUUUUUUUUUUUUACAUUUUUAUUCACAUGUCUUGGUUUAUUUUGUGUUCCUGAAAUGAAACACUGGAGAUUGUGUUUUUAUGAAAGAAAGGUUUUUAGUCUUAGAGGUUCAGGAACAUGAAACCUCAUAUAGCAGACAUGACAGGGACAGAGACUUUUGGAAUUAGAUUUUAGGGGAGGUGCAAGGCUUGCUGAUGAAAAGUCCCCCAUUGUUUGCAAGAGUGAUUUUCUCUGUGUGUGUGUGUGUGUGUGUUUGCCUGUCUGCAUGCCAUGCCUCGAGAGGCCAGAAGGAGGCAUCAGCUUCCUUGGAGUUGGAAUUACAGAUGGUUGUGAGUUGCCACGUGGGUGCUAGGAACCAAGCUCGGGUCUUCUGCAAGAGUAACUGUGCUCUUAACCAUUGAGAUAUUUCUCCAGAACUCUAACGACCAUUCAUUCCGGAACAAAUCCAGCCCCCUGGGACCUAUCCUUGGACCUACUCAUGACAUCAGGGCUCCAUAGCCUAGCAGUAGAUCUACUUCUUGAAGUUCCACCAGGUCACCUUGUACCUCACUAGGUAAAAGGUACCUCACAAGUUUCCAGCUUAUGAACCUUUGAGGGACAAACCAAACAAUCAGCUACAGUAUUGUGGCUAUCGACGAGAUAAACGUUGAGUCUGGGUUGCGUUGAAUUCCUGUUCGUGAUGGGCUAACAGACAGAUGGAGCAGUAGGGCCUGGAAAUUAGAUGAAUGGAAAAGAUCUGUCAGCUGGAAAGACCAGACGUUGUAGGAUGCCAUAGAACACCCAAGCAAUAAAUAUGUAAAAAUUAAAGGGUAUCUGGAUCCUGGCUUCUCAGAGCAUACAAGCUUAGUUUUCUCUCUGGCAAUUGAGCAGUUGCACAAUGGCCUUCCAGGACUUGUAGGGUCAGGCUGGUCUUUCGAGUACUUCCUGUUGUUACCUGGUGUCUGGUUGCUGGUCUUUUCUUCUUCAAGGUCGUUGUGUUUUCUCCUUCCUGUAUUAGUUCUUGUAGGUGCCGUAACAAAGUACCAGACUGUGUGGCUUAUCACCAUGGUUCUCUAUUUGCCACAGUUCUACCACAAGUAGAAAAUCAGGGUGCCUGCUUCAUCUGAAAACUAUAGGAGAGACUCCAUCUUGUUUGAUUCCAGAUACUGGAAGCCUUAGAUAUUCUUUGGUUUGGGGGGAAGAUUCACCCAGGCUCUGUUGCUGCCUUUGUGUAGCUGGCUUCUCUCCAUAUCUAUAUCCCUAGUUCCUCUUUGUCUGUAUUUUCAGUUCCCUCUUACAAUGACAUCAGCUUCUGGUGAAAUGCUGCUCAGGACAUUGCCAUCAGUAGAUAAAUACAUAGCCUUCAUGUUUUAAGAUAACUUGUUUAACACACCCUGUUGACUAACACUGAAUUUAUGCUGAGCAAAGGAAUAUUUACCUUUAAUCUCAGCCUCCAGGAGGCAGAGCUGUGCAGAUUUCUGGGAGUUCAAGGCUGGUUUGGUGUACAUAGCAAGUUCCAGGGAAGCCAGAGCUACAUAGAAAGAACCUGGCUCAAAAAUAAACCGCUACAAUAAAAUGAUCUUACAGCCAAACACAUAUGACACUGAUAUGACACAUGCCUGAGUCUCUUGAGUAAGCUUGUCUGAUUACAUAUAUUUUCUGCAUGAGGCGCAUCACAGCCUCUGUGUGUAUGUGUGUGUGUGAUCUUGAAUUGUUUUGUGUUGUUGUAAUAGCACAGACUGAAUAAUUUGUAAAAGACAGAAAUCCAUUCUUCCGUAAGUCUCACCUGGAAAGUCCAAGACCAAAGCUGAAGCAUCUAGUAUAUACUUGGUGUAUCUUUCACAUGACAGAAGGCAGAAGGGCAAAGGUGACAAAACCUGAAUUUCCACAUGUCAGGAGUGCAUAAGAACAAGAGAACCCACCUUGAAACCACUUUUACUGAAAUUUAAAUGUGCUUAUAUGAAGGUAUAACUCCCACUAAAUAAAUACAUCCUCAAAGACCUCAAUACCCAACACUGAUAUAUUAGGGUCUGGGUCUUACUAUGAAAGUUUGAGGGGGCAAAAGUAAUCAAACUAUAGUGGGUGGGUGAGUGUGCAUAUGUGCAUGUUUGAGUAUGUUGGUGUGAAUAACUGUAAGCAUGGAAGUAUGAAUGUGUUUGAUGCAUGUGUGUACAUUAGAGUGUGGUAUGUGUGUGUUUGAAUUGUAUGACUUUAAGUAUAUAGGUGGAUGGAUGAAUCUGUAGAUGUGUUGGAGUGUGAGCGUGUGGGUGCAUUUUAGCUUAUCUGAGUGUAUAGGUGAGGGGCUGGCAGGGAAGCCUCCACUUGCCCAUCAGGGAUAAGCCCUAUCAACUGCUUGAUGUACUCACAGCUCGGUACCUUAUACUUUUUUUUUUGCGGGGGGGAGGUUUAAAUGAGAAGAAGAUCAACAAAAAAACACAGGGAUGUGAAAAAUGUCAUCCCUAAGUAGACCACAGAAAGGACUUUAGUUUAAAGUGGGAGAGAGGUGGUGAGAAUAUAGAGAAUUGCUCUGUUUGACCUCAGCUGGGUGUGUUUGCCCCAGGCAUCCAGCAUUUCCCCCUUUUGUGCGAGUAGGUAAUGACUAUGGAAACAAUGUAAGGAUGUGUUUCGCAGUUACAAAUACAUCUUUAGUAAGCUAUUGCCUAUGCACAGAACUUGGAAAGAAUGCACACCAGCUGUAUCUCUCCUUAUGAACUGUUGCUUAAAGGAGGGAAAGCUUCGUGAAAUAUUUCAAGUGAUUAUCAUUUUUUUUUCUUAAAUAGGUUAUCAGUGGAAAAAGCAUGGGGGGGGGAAUAUAUACUGAGAUGAUCUCGCACUGGAAGCGUGGCUCCUCACCUGCCCCCUCACCUGCCCCCUCACCUACCCCUCAUCCUGCCCUGCCCCUGAGUUUAGGCAUGCCAGCAGCACUUCUGUUACGUCACCUCAGAAGUAGCGUCCAUUGCUUUCUCUUCAUGACUCCUGAAACUGUCCCCACUUUCGCUCUUCUGGCCCCAUUCCAUGUGGUGAGGUCUUCCUCUAAGGGAAGAUUGGAGGACAUUGUGGUCACUACUCGGCAAGGCAGAGGCUUUAUGGUGGCAGCAGUGUGUCUAGCUUCUCGCAGAGUUCCCAGCAUGCUUUGGCAACUCCUUACACCCGUACACAGGACUCUUCAUGUUUCUAAUUCCCAUCUUUAAAGAGUCCUGUAAGAAUCAAGAUGUUUUAUCCUGUCCAAUUCUCAGAACCUCCUUUUCAGUCCAAGAUCUUUGAAUGGAUAGAUGAUGAAUGACUAAGAGAUUGAAUGAAUGUGAGAAUGGAACAAAUUUGAGAUUCAUAAAAAACAGCUGUCUUGGUGACUGUUCAUCACCUUCCCAUGUCCUUUGUAACGCCUCCAAGGCUUUUCCUACUGCCUCAAAAGAUUGGCCACCUGGAGCCUGCAGGUGUUGCAUGAGACCACCCUUCCAUGGCGGCUUUGCCUUGCUAGCUCAGAACUUACCUGGUCCUUGUGUUGGCCAUUUACUGUGUAGAAGGAGGAACUUGGGUUUUUUUUUUUUUUUUUUUUUUUUUUUUUACAAGAUUACACAUUGUCCUCUGAGAGGAUGAAGUUCAUGCUCUGAGAGAGCUCACAGUUUGCAUGGGAAAGUGAGGCUGCACACAGCUGAAAACUUUAUAGGCAUAACAGGAGAUGAGAUGAAAGCCGGGACUGAAAUAGCUGCCCUAAAGCAAUGUCUGCUUCUUGAGGAAGAUAUGUGAGUGGUGUAGGAGUUGGGAGAGGAAGGGUUGCUUCAGGCUGGAGUGCUCUGGAAUGACCUUUGUGAGAAGUGGAGAGGCUAGGUCUUGGAGCCUGGUGGAAGAGUGACAACGCCCAGGAGGAAGGAAGAGCUGGGUGUGAUGAAGACACAAAGUGGACUUGAGCUUUGUGUGGGGGCAGUGUACGGAGAAAAGGGGGGAUGGCUCCCAAGUACAAAGGUGAGGCCCUUGUUGAUUCAUGUCAUGGUGCUUGUUUUCUUGGCACCAGUGGGGGACAGAUCAUAGAAACUAGAGUGUAGAGCAUAGAGGAUUGCUUGGCAAGAUGGAAGAGAGAAUUAUGUGGCAUGAAUCAUCUCGAUCCACAUCUAUAGAGUUUUUUUUUUCUUUCAGUUAAGCUUGGAGCAAAAGAGUUAAGGUUGUAAGGUCACAUUGCCAUGGAUGCCUGAGUCAACAUCACCUUGAAUUCCAGGUGUCAGACUGAAUGUAAAUGUACAAACAUGAGUAGGAAGAUGUCAGGCAGAGAGUGGGUAGCAGCUUUAUUAGUUAUUCCACAGGGGCCGAGUUUGGGUGGGAAGAAAAGAGCCGACUGUAUAGUCUGGUAGGUAGGAGUGUGUGUGUGUGUGUGUGUGUGUGUGUGUGUGUGUGUAGGCAGUGUGUGCCCUGGUGGAGUGACAAUAUUCCAGCCAUGCAAAUGAUUGUCAAAGGAAAAAUGAGCAAAGGUGAAAGGCAUGCAAGUGAGGCCAAGGCUGGGAGGCUGGACAGGAAGGGAAAUGCUGGAUGCAGUGACUAAGAGAUUGUACUAGGGGAGAUGAGGAAGUAAAGAGGAGGACAGGGAAGUCACUGCUGAGCUCUGAACAUAGAGUACGUCUAGAAGGAAUGACUAGACAGUAACAAACCUUAAACCUUUAGUGGACUAAAUUAAUUAGCAUUUUAGUGCCAGUAUUGAGAGGUCAAAGUAUUGAUACAUCCGAGGUCCUCAAGGGAUAUAUCAGUUACCAUAGCUCUUUGUCUCAGGACUGUUUACCCGGCAUUUGAUUUCCUUUUGGAUGGUAAAAUAUUGGUCCUUGAAUGUUGGAUAUGCUGACAGUUUCUUCUAUAAGCACAGCACAGAGAGGAAGGAUAAAGGUUUAUUCGAGACAAAGUCACUGAGAGGCAUCUGGGCCUACAGCUAGUUGGGUGCAUGGCAUACCAUGCCCAUAAAAACUUCUUUCAGCUGAGAGUCAGCACGGAAAAUGUCUGGUCUGGUCCAUUUUGACAUUCACUGGGAGAACAGGAUUGUGGAAAGAGCAGAUGGCAGGGGAACUGAAUAUACUCAACUCCUGCCUAGGAAGAGGCUGCUGGGAAAAGGGUACCAUGCCGGUGGAACGGAUGCGAAUGCGCCCGUGGCUGGAGGAGCAGAUAAAUUCCAAUACGAUACCAGGGCUAAAGUGGCUGAACAAGGAGAAGAAGAUUUUCCAGAUCCCCUGGAUGCAUGCGGCUCGGCACGGAUGGGACGUGGAAAAGGAUGCUCCGCUCUUCAGAAACUGGGCGAUCCAUACAGGAAAGCAUCAACCAGGAAUAGAUAAACCAGAUCCAAAAACAUGGAAAGCAAAUUUUCGAUGUGCCAUGAAUUCCCUGCCCGACAUUGAGGAAGUGAAGGACAGAAGCAUAAAGAAAGGAAACAACGCCUUCAGAGUCUACCGGAUGCUGCCCUUAUCCGAACGACCUUCCAAGAAAGGAAAGAAACCAAAGACAGAAAAAGAAGAGAGAGUUAAGCACAUCAAGCAAGAACCAGUUGAGUCAUCUUUGGGGCUUAGUAAUGGAGUAAGUGGCUUUUCUCCUGAGUAUGCGGUCCUGACUUCAGCUAUAAAAAAUGAAGUGGAUAGUACGGUGAACAUCAUAGUUGUAGGACAGUCCCAUCUGGACAGCAACAUUGAAGAUCAAGAGAUCGUCACUAACCCGCCAGACAUCUGCCAGGUUGUAGAAGUGACCACUGAGAGUGAUGACCAGCCAGUCAGCAUGAGUGAGCUCUACCCUCUACAGAUUUCUCCUGUGUCUUCCUACGCAGAAAGCGAAACUACCGACAGUGUGGCCAGUGAUGAAGAGAACGCAGAGGGGAGACCACACUGGAGGAAGAGGAGCAUCGAAGGCAAGCAGUACCUCAGCAACAUGGGGACACGGAACACCUAUCUGCUGCCCAGCAUGGCGACCUUUGUCACCUCCAACAAGCCAGAUCUGCAGGUCACCAUCAAAGAGGAUAGCUGUCCGAUGCCUUACAACAGCUCCUGGCCCCCAUUUACAGACCUUCCCCUUCCUGCCCCAGUGACCCCCACGCCCAGCAGCAGUCGGCCAGACCGGGAGACCCGGGCCAGUGUCAUCAAGAAGACAUCUGAUAUCACCCAGGCCCGUGUCAAGAGCUGUUAAGCCUUUGACUCUCCCUGGUGGUUGUUGGGAUUUCUUAGCUUUGUGUUGUUCUUUGUUUGUAUUAUAUUAUUUUUUUUCUCUAUGAUACCUAUCUUAGACACAUCUAAGGGAGAAAGCCUUGACGAUAGAUUAUUGAUUGCUGUGUCCAACUCCAGAGCUGGAGCUUCUUCUUAACUCAGGACUCCAGCCCCCCCCCCCCCUCGGUAGAUGCGUAUCUCUAGAACCUGCUGGAUCUGCCAGGGCUACUCCCUCAAGUUCAAGGACCAACAGCCACACGGGCAGUGGAGGUGCUGCGUUGCCUACGGUCAAGGCCAGCAUGGUGGAGUGGAUGCCUCAGAACGGAGGAGAAAAUGUGAACUAGCUGGAAUUUUUUUAUUCUUGUGAAUAUGUACAUAGGGCAGUACGAGCAAUGUCGCGGGCUGCUUCUGCACCUUAUCUUGAAGCACUUACAAUAGGCCUUCUUGUAAUCUUGCUCUCCUUCACAGCACACUCGGCGACCCCUUCUGUGUCCACUACCCCACUACCCACCCCUCCCUCCUCAACCCCUCCAUCCCGGUCCUCUAUGCGCCCCUUCCCCCCAACCAAUCCCAUCACAACCUCUUACCUAUCCUUUCCCUCCCAACCCCUUCUAUCCCAGCCCACCACCUACCCCACUCCUCCCCAACUCCUCCAUUCUAGCCCAUUACCCACGCCUCUCUCCUCAGCCCAGCCUACCCCAUCCCACCCUGUUCCUUUCCUCCAGUUUCCUCUCCUCAAAGGCAAGGCUCUACAUCUUGGAGGAGGAGGAGGAGAAGAAAAUGAGUUUCUUCACCGCUGUCCCAUUUUAAGACUGCUUGAAUAAUAAAAAAAAAAUCUUUCUAAUCUGCUAUGCUUGAAUGGCACGCGGUACAAAGGAAAACUGUCAUGGAAAUAUUAUGCAAAUUCCCAGAUCUGAAGACGGAAAAUACUCUAAUUCUAACCAGAGCAAGCUUUUUUAUUUUUUUAUACAAGGGGAAUAUUUUAUUCAAGGUAAAAAAAUUCUAAAUAAAAUAUAAUUGUUUUUUAUCUUUUCUACAGCAAAUUUAUAAUUUUAAGAUUCCUUUUCCUGUUCAUCAGCAGUUGUUAUUACAUCCCUUGUGGCACAUUUUUUUUUUAAUUUUGUAAAGGUGAAAAAAAAACUUUUAUGAGCUCAUGUAGCAAUCAAAUUAUCCUGUGGAUUGAUAAUAAAUGAAUAUGGUAUAUAGUUAAAGAUUUUAA